GCAGCCAACAUCACUAACAACACCUGUUGGUGUGCUUGCUGUAGUGGGUUCGUGUGCCUCUAGUGCUGACUAAAUGCUAGGUACAUCAAAAUUCUCCAAACAUCUUUCUCUCGGUUGCAUUGGAACAUAUCUGGCUGUACACAGCCCUGCACUGUCCUCCGCGGCUUUACCCGCCGUUCGGUCUCCACUGGGCCUCAUACACUUGCGGCUGAGGAGAUGCGAGGCAUGGCUCCGUUUGACGUGGUAGUAAAAAGAGUUGUACACUCUGUAUUCCUGAGUGCAGCCGUCAAUGCCGCAGAUGACACGGAAAUUCGGACUACGGCUGUGUACCGUAUUGAUGUGGUUCAGCAAUGCUCUUAAUGUCACUGCCACAAAAAGGCAGCAGAUGAAACAACGCCAAAUCAUUUUACUGUGUAAAGACACCCUCAUAACAGCCCUAACCGAGGCCUCGACCCCACAGCAGACCGCGAAAAGGAUCGUUGUAGUGGCGGAAGGUUACAUCAAUAGGAAAGGGUGGUACGCUGUAAAUCAUUUGAAGUUGGUAAUGCUUUAAAUAUAUACAACUCAAAAUAAGGUGUUUAGGAUGUAAGACUAUUGUAAUUGUCUUAAAUUUCAAAGUUUGUUAGUAAUUUUUAAUAAAUUUUAUAGCCCAUUAUUUGAACAGCGGAUGUAGACACUACAGACGUAGUACUGCGGUUCGAGUAGCGCCCUUCUUCCUCCGAGAAAAGCGGGAACGGCUGUUAACAGACUGGAGAAUGGAGCUGCACUGUUAGCUCACCGCUAGCUAUCUGGAUUGGCUAGCAGUUAGCUAACUAAAGUUUUUUUCUGUGUACCGUUAGCCUGAAGAUGAACCUUGCUCACUAAUAUCAAAUCUCCUUGUAAGCCCUGCUGCCUUUGUGAGCUAGCUAAAAGUAAGAUAUCUGACUUUUGCUGGGACACCCUUGGAGACCUUAGCUAGCUAACUAAGCUACAUAUCUGGAACCCACUCCCUCAGAUGUCCGUUAUGGAAAAACUGGACGCAGUAUCAGCGGCUACCUUACAAGCUGCAAACAUCAGUGAAGCCUUGUUACCAACCCUGUCCCGUGAAGACAUACGUGAUCUUUUUCCUGGACCUGAACAUUUUCUUAGGAGAAAAGCCAUAUGGAACCUGUUUCACACAGAUCAAGAGCAGGGGCAGCAGGCAGCAUCCCCCAAUCAAGAGAAUGGUUCGAAUGGCAGAGGGCUGGCCACUGUACAAGUCAACCCUUGUGUUUCAGAAACUCCUCGGUCUCCUGAUGUGCAAGAGACUCCGAGAACCUGGCAGCUACCCAACCCUGAGUAUGUUGUGUAUACUGACAGUGAGCUGGAACAUAUUAGAAAGCAGUAUUUUGAAAUGCAGCUUGUUGGCCAAGAAGGUGGAUGCACUCUUUCAAAAGAACUUCGCUGCCGAUUAGUGAGGAACACGGUGACCAACAUGGUGUCCAUCAUCAGAGCAACUACUACUGAAUUUAUGUAUCCAUCCAAAAAUGAUUUCCAGGCUAUGGCAAAGCGGCUUGUGGAGUAUUAUCCAAUGCUUCGUGAUAACUCUGUGAACUGCAGACACCCUUGGGAAUUGCUUUUUAAGCAAUUACUGAAAAGACUCCACAACAUAAAGACACCAAAAAAGCGUCAGGGACCUACACCACAAAGACAGAGGAAACGAAGACGACUGAAUUUGGAGUGUUCAGAUGAUUCAAGCACAUCAGUCUCCGAGUCACCAGGAAGCACGGCAUCAACUGUACUCUUAGACAGAACAAGAAGCAGCGCAUCAUCUUUGGAUGGCAUGAAUUCACCUGCUGAAAUUGUUGACCAGAGAGGAGAAGCUACUGAAGAUCUAGGAGUCCAUUCUGGCACUGAAAGUCAGCAAAGUCAAGCAAGACAUUACCAUACCCUGCAAGAGAUGUAUAAAAGGCCGAAACCUAACAAGGAGGCAGUUGCUCAGCUGCUUGACCUUGAGUUUGAUGCUCGUAGAGCCUUUAUCAACUCUGACACCUUGAGAGACCAGGACAGGCCAGCUAACAUACUACAAGCAUACCCCUGUUUCAGAGAAGUAGAUCAUUUUCUUUCAUCUGUCAGUGAAUGUAGUCCAAGGUUUAAUAUUUAG